AUGCAUGAUUACAUGUGUGUGUGUGUAUACUUUCGACCGAGUGUUGCUUACGUCCUUCCCUCCUGCUCGUGUCAACUAAAACAGGUGAUUCGACCAGAGACGCAUCCUGAGGCCUUUGUGCCGGUGCCACCGGACGGCGGUUGGGGGUGGUUGGUGGUGUUUGCUGCUUUCAUCACAAACCUCAUCAUCGAUGGCAUCUGUGUCUCCUUCGGCAUUAUGGUGGCCGACCUGGUGGAGCACUUUAACGCCUCCGUGGCUACAGUGAUGCUGAUGGGGUCUCUUCUGCUUGGCGUCUACCAAAUUGUCGGGCCGGUGGCGGCGGGUCUGGUGAACAGAUUCGGGUGUCGAGCUGUGGGAAUCGGCGGUUCUCUCCUGGCCACUGUAUCAAUGUUCGUGAGCGCCUUCAUGCCCACCAUCGAGCUCAUGCUUGUCUCCUACGGCGUCUUUGCUGGUGCGGCCUUUGGGUUUCUGCACCUGCCGUCGAUAAUCUGCGUGAGCUUCUACUUUGACUCACGUCGCGCGUUAGCCAUCGGAAUGACGACCUGCGGCACACCAAUUGGCGCCAUGAUCUUCGCCCCGCUCACCGAGGCGUUGCUCCAGGUCUGUCCCCGUCUUCUCCACCGCUAG